UUUCUUUUAAAAUGUCAUAAAGUUACGUCCUGGAAUUAAAGUUUUUCUCCCUAAAAGGCUAAAAUAAAAAGCAAACCAAGUCUAAACUCUAAAUCUAGAGAAAAAUUUAUCUCUUUGUCAUCUGGUCAAUCACCAAAGACAAUUAAUCAAAAUGACCUUACUGUGGACCCUGACAGCCACGUUUUUGUAUGCAGAAAUAGUUGUCUGCAUCAUUCUAAUGCUGCCCAUUAUUUCCCCUAGCAAAUGGAGAUCUCUGUUCAAAUCUCGUGCAAUGAAUUUUAUAGUCUCGUACGCUAACUUUUACUUUGGUCUCUUCCUACUUUUGCUUGCUGUCAUGUUUAUUGACGCAAUUAGGGAGAUCAGGAGAUUUUCGGCGCCACUGGCGAACGACGAACUGAAGGGCAACCCGAUGGCUGAGAAUAUGCAGCACAUGAAAUUAUUUAGGGCCCAGAGAAAUUUCUACAUCGCGGGUUUUUCCAUGUUUUUGUUUGUCAUCUUGAGACGAAUGGUCGUGAUGCUGAACAACUCAGCUAUCCUACAGGCAGAUUGUGAAGCAGCCAAGAAGCAAGCUGCUAGUGCUACAGCUGCCGCCAAGUCGCUUAUCGAUAACCAAGAUAACGCUAACAUCCAGGAGGGAAAAUCAGUGAAGGAAGCCGUUGAGAAGUUGGAGAAAGUUAAAACUGAAAAUGAAAAGUUGAUAAACGAACUUAAGCAGAGCAAACUCAAUGAAGAAGUCUUGAGAAAGCAAGGAGAGGCAACAAAUCGAGAAUAUGAUAGACUGAUGGCUGAGAUGGAAAAAUUGCAGAAGAAGUUGGCGAUCGGCCAGGAUCAGCAGAGUUCCAAAAAAGAUGAAUGAUCGAAUGAUUAAAUAAAUGAAUGAAUGAAUGAAUGAAUGAAUGAGCAAACAAAUCGACGAACGAAUGAACUAGUGUAUAAACGAAGUAAUUAAAUGAAUGAAGUUUACGUUUGCAUUUCAUCAAUAUUUUAUUGGUAAUUUAGUUUUACAAUUUUAGUGGUAAUAAUAAUAAUAUUAAUAAUAAUAAUAAUAAUACUUAAGUUUUAAUACCAGCAAUAAAAGUAAUAAUAAUAAUAAAUUGAGAACUACUCUUUAUUACGUUACUACGUUGUAGAGUUAAAUUAUUUCAGCUUUUUUGUUUCUUGUGGAAGUUUAAUAAUAAUAAUAAAUAAUGAUAAUAAUAAUAAUUGAUAAUAAUAAUAAUAAUAAUAUUACAAGUGUUUGCUCUUGCUAGUUUGACAUUAACCAUUAAGUUUAAUAGCUUAAUAAAGUGUUUUUUUUCUCAAUUGAUUAUUGAGAUGUUUGUGAUUGAUUGAUUGUUUGUUUAGUUGAUUGAUUGGUUGGUUGAUUGGUAUAUUGAUUGAAGGAGCGAACGAACGGAUGAAUGAAUGAUUGACUGGAUGAAUGAAUAUGAAUGAUUUGAUGGACAGUCAGAAAAAUGAAUGGAUGAACGAACGAAUGACUUGGUGGUCGUUGGUCAGAUAAAUGACAGAAUGAAUGAAUAGGUAGAAUGGCGAUUAAUGAAAUGAGAAUGAAUUUUCCGAAAUUUUUCAAAGGAUUUUUCAUUCAGAAUUCUGUCUUGCUUGUUAAAUAUCAUUUCUUUUCCAAACUAUAACGUUUAACAUUAAAGUGGUGAUUACUGAUUUGUUAUAUAACAUUUAUAGAUAUAUAUAUUUAUGCUAUGAAAAAUGCAUAAAAUUUGUG